GUUAUUAAGAUGGGGUCGAGUGACAUGCCAGCCGUCAACAGGUACCACCAGUCGGUGACGUUCGAGCGCAUUAGGCGCUUACUGAGCGACUUGCCAACUCAGCUGCCGUACCGUACGUCAUGGGGCCCCCCCGACAUGGGGCGCCUGACAGCUGCCGUCAUCGGCGGCAUGCUGCCACCAGGAACGCUCGUCCUGAAUCACGUAGACAAGAUGGGCACCAGGCCCCGAGUCGGCAUCGUGCUGUGCGGCUACAAGCAGUGGGGGAAGUCGGGUUUUGCAGUGCCCGUGCUAUGCAUGUGCGACAGCUGUUCGCAAACCAGCGACAUCACCAAGCGGAUCUUUGACCUGCAGUCCAGCUUCCACAGGCACGCAGGCCAAACGUGCCUGGACUGCAUGCGUUUCAACACUAACGCGCUGCUGCAUCUUCCCAUGGACGGCGCGCCCAGCGACUCCGAUGCGGCCUACAACAACGACAUCGACUCCCCCAGUGCAGCGGGCUACACCGGAAUGGUGCUCGUCUCGAUUCCCCGCCUUCUGGCCGCAUGGGCCAAGGUUGGCGGUCGAUCCCUGAGGCGAUUCCCGAAGCAGCUUUUCGAGGCGAAGUCGCCCGGCCAGAAUUGGCUGCUCCCGUCGGACCCGGAACGUCUCAGCCGGUUCCAGUACGCAGACGAACUCAUCAGCGAGUGGUCGAAGAAUAAGCUGCAGGCCACGCCGUCCGGUGCCAUUAAGAACGAGUUUGACACGCGCCUUAACCGGUUGCCGCCCGUUGAUAAUGCGGCAGCGGAAAAGGACGCCGAGGAGGCUCACCGCGCGUCUUGCCACACGCCGGCCAUGUUUCGGUACGAGCUCUACAAGCGACAAGAGGCGAAGGAAGCACGAGCUGGCCUGGAGGGUGCUGCCGUGCACCAACCGGGCACCGGGAAGUCUGGGUCACAACGCGCCUAACGUGCAGCAGCAGGGCAAGCUCGUGCACACAUGCCCGUUUAACGGGUCGCAAGGUAUCUAACGCACCUGGGCAGGUCGGAAGCGUUGUGGUCCGCCGGCAUAACAUACCAAGCGCGGGAAUAUGCCGUAGGGAGGUAGGGGCGAGACAGGAAGUGGGGGAGGGACUGAUGGGAGAGAGAGAGAGACGUACCAGAAGAGAGGUGGAAAAGAAGGAUAGGGAAUAGCCACAAACAGUAGAGCGCGUUGGUGUGGGGGGCGACAACUUGGGUUACGGCGUUCAGGAGGAGGAGAAAAAGAGGAGUGCAACAGCGUAGUGGCAAUUAACCGGAUGUGAUGAACGGCGGUAUGCUGAAGCAUGACAAGGAUAUGCCGUACGGAGGUAGGGGCGAAAGAGAGAGUGGGGGAGGGAGUGCCGGGAGAGAGAGAAAGAGAGAGAAAGACGGAGGUAGGAGGAAUGGAGGGAACUAGAAGAGAGGUGGAAAUAGCCACAAAAAGGCUGAAAAUUGCCAAUGAAUGCUAAGUGAUGACGCAAUGUACGGUCGGAGAUGGAUACGUAGGUGGAACCUAAUACGGACAGUUCCUUGUUUGCUGGUUGCAGCCGUUGCCGCAUGGUUGCAAUUGUUCUGCACGGAUUUGUACACCGUUGAGUUCGAUGUAUCAGUACCUGCCGGAUCAUUGCGGUCUUUGCAGUUGGUCAGUCAAAACACGGCUGUUGACCGUGUGACAAACGGAAGGCGCAUCUUGUAUAUGUCGCUUGUCAAUUGGUUAAUGCAGUUGUCUACGAGCUAGCUGUUAACGGUCGAGAGCAUGGGGCGUUUCGUGUACGUUGAUCGGCAUAUGGUUAACCGAACACUGGUAAUUUUG